UACUAGUACAGUCCAGACGGUCUUUUACUUGUUUCCGAUGCUAUAAAUACAAACCCAUUCUUCAUCCUCGAACUCAACAACCAACAAACGUAGAGUAAACAAAAAUGCAAACAAACCAAAUGAAUGAGCUUCAGUAUCUCCUUCAAUCAAACCACCUAUCCCAAUUGGUCGACAUUAACAACACGAACCCCCUCUACCAAGUGCAGAAAUGGGGGUGCGUGAGCAGCAACUCGGCGACCUCGGACGAGGCAGAGGAUCAGCAGCAGAUGAGUAUUAUAAACGAGCGGAAGCAGCGGAGGAUGAUCUCCAACAGGGAGUCCGCGAGGCGGUCGAGGAUGCGGAAGCAGCAGCAGCUGGACGAGCUCUGGUCGCAAGUGCUUUGCCUCAGGAAUGAGAACCACCAGCUGAUCGAAAAACUCAACCACGCCCUCCACACCAACGAUCGCCUCCUGCACGAGAAUUCGCAGCUUAAAGAGGACGCGUCUGAGCUUCGACAGAUGCUCGCUCACAUGCACCUCAAUUCUCCCCCUCCUCCUUCUCACUUUGAUUGAAUUAAUGCUACUAUUCUUGUCUUUUCAUAUGUACAUUAAUUAUUAUUGCUACUGCUUAUUGAAA